AUGAUUGGCCUAAGAGUAUCGAGUAGAGGAAUUCCUCAAGGUUUUCAAAUGAAUUUGGCAUUCUCAAAAAGUCGUCCAUUUUGGCGUACGCGAGCAUGUUAUUCUUAUGACAGUGAGCAACGUGAUCAAUACCGAGCUGAACAUCAACUUCCUAAUUUGUUGAACAACACAUCGAGAUAUGGAUGUAAUCCCCAACAUAAAAUAUCCGCUGAUGCUAUUGCCCCACAAACUUUGCCUUUGUGGAAACAAAUACAAACAAAGACAAACUAUGAUCAGGAAUUCAACGAAAAAGCUCCAUCUGAUACGUAUAUGCGAGACUUUGUCGAUCAUUUGACGGGUCCAUCGGAGACGGAAGGCGAAGACAUUGAACAGUCGUACGAUCGCGGUCAAGCAAUGGUUGACAUCAACACGGUAAUGAAAGCAGUCGAUUUGGCAGAACAAUAUCCGAGUGAGCCCACUGUUCACGUUCAGGUAGAGCCAAUAGUACCACCGAAAGACGAAAUCGUUAAACAUCGAUCACCAUCUGGCUACAGAUUCAAAGUUGAAAAAAGAGUAAUCACCGAGAGACCACCAUCACAAGAACAACAACUAGAACAAGAAUAUCAGCAACACUAUGCAGCUUUGAUAAAAUCAAAAAAUGGCGAAUUAAACCAACAACUGCCACAAAUAGAUAAUCAAAUACGCCAUUCAUCCGGUUUGGCAAGUUUAAAACGUGCUCGAUCAUUACAACAUGUUAAUUCUCGUUCGCGUUAUUCUGAUUCAAAUAAAUCGCAUAUCAUGUCUUAUAUGGAACAAAAUCCGAAUGACGUACCGACAUCUGACGGUUUCUUCACUCAAACCAUGGGUAAUGUUCGUUCAAGCGAUAAGCAUGCAAGUAUCCCUCUAUGGAAAACAAGUUUAAACUUGAAAGAUCGACAUUACGUUAAAAAUGCGACGAAUGGACUCAAUAUGAUUAUCGUUUGA